GCAAAGGGUGAAGAAAAUUCUUUUCCGUGGAAAUUCAAAUUGGGUGCCUCUGUAACCAUUUCCAGCAUCGAACAGAUCAUGUCACUGAAAUCACAAGACGAUAUACCGCUGGCGGAUGAUGAUUUAGAAGUCAUCAUCAACGAUGACGAAAGCUCCAAGUAUAUGUGCAAUGGCCGUUCGCUAGAUUCGAUUGCCAGUUCCUACACGAACGGUAACUCUAGUCCACAGCAGUUUUUGGAAAACGAAAGCCCGGACGCGGACGAGCAGGAAGAAAAGGCCCGUCUCAUUGCUCAGGUGCUGGAACUCCAGAACACACUGGACGAUCUAUCCCAGCGAGUGGACAGUGUGAAGGAAGAGAAUCUCAAACUGCGCUCGGAGAAUCAGGUGCUCGGACAGUACAUCGAAAACCUGAUGUCCGCUUCGUCGGUGUUCCAAUCGACCACGCCGAACAACGUGCAGAAGAAAAAGUAAGGUCUGAAUCCUCGCGACACCGAAAUGCUUCUUCGCUGCAGCGACAACGAUCCACUUCGAAGCCAAAGAUAUUCCACGAGCUGUUGCUAUUGUAGUAGAACACAAAGACACACACGCACCAGGCGCAUGAAGUGCUGGCCGAGUGACCAUUAGUGCACCAUACCGGAAAAACUAGGCUAGAUUAAGGGUUUUUGAAUUAAUAUUAACGCUUGAAGAACGCAAUAUCUGGACGGCAUGUCGUGGAAGUUCCCAGUUGCCACUGGACACUGUCACGCCUUUGCUAGAACACACGGAUCGCGUAGCAUUCGACUGUUGUUUGUCUAUUUUCAUAGAUGCCUUGGUUGAGCAUGUUUUGUCUUUUACGUUUCCCUCGUGUGUAUUAGCAAUAUGCUGGUUGAAGUCGCAAGCGGUUCAGGUAAACCCAUAGGUACAGAUUGGUUCAGCAGGUUCAGGGAUAGUACAAGGAAACAAAAACGAUUCUAACUCUUACACGUAGUAAAUUCGCGUCGUAACCGGCUUAAAGUGGACCUAGUAAGUUCAUCGAUUCCUGUAAGUGAAGUGAAUUCGGGCCCGAAUCUAGUCCAAGAAGGUCAAUAGGCUCUAACCCAAACUCGUUGCACCUGCAACGGCCUUUUGGCCGGAGCCGCAAAAGUUUUCCUACACUACUCGAAUCGGUAAAAACAACUGGAUUCGCACCCAGCUUCUUCGGGUCAUUCCGUAAAAUGAAUUGUUUGACCUAUCACUAAUGUUUAUUACCUCUACCAAGCGGUAGAACCGUGCAUUCCGGAGAGGGUUUACUAAGCUUAAGUUUGUGCUAAUUCACACCCCGGUACUAUCAUCGCUCCCAUUUGCCCCUUGUAUCUGUAAGAGAGUACAUGUUACUCAAACGCUAACGAGAUAACGUGUAACAAAUUGGAAUACUCUACUAUAUUUAUUUCGUAUUAAAUAAAUUGCAAACUCAC